CACUUGUAAUGUGGAAAUCGGAAACAAUCCAAUUAUCCAAACGAUGGCUAUCUUUUCUUCAUCCAUGGCUGCUAUGCUCCUUCUAGGGCUCCCCACUGCAAACCUGGAUCCUACUGUUGCACAAAUUGGUGUUUGCUAUGGGAUGCUUGGCAACAAUCUCCCAAAUGCAAGGGAAGUCAUCAAUCUUUACAAAUCAAACAACAUCAAGCGAAUGAGACUCUACGAUCCAAAUCAACAAGCAUUACAAGCUCUUAGAGGCUCAAACAUUGAAGUAAUUUUAGGUGUUCCGAAUGAUCAACUUCAAAACCUUGCUAACCCUUCUAAAGCAAAAUCAUGGGUUCGAUCAAAUGUUGUAGCCUAUUGGCCAAGAGUCCGGUUUCGAUACAUUGCUGUUGGGAAUGAAGUCCCUCCAUCAUCUUCAUUAGCUCAAUUUGUGUUGCCUGCCGUAGUGAAUGUAUUCAAUGCAGUUCGAUCAGCUGGUUUGGAGAGUCAAAUCAAGGUCUCAAUCGCCAUCGAUAUGACUUUGAUUGGUGUCUCAUACCCUCCGUCGGCUGGUGCGUUUCGUGGGGACGUUAGGUCGUAUCUAGACCCUAUCAUAGGCCACUUAGCAUGGGCUAGAACAGCAUUGCUUACCAACGUUUAUACUUACUUUAGCUAUUCAGGCAAUCCAAGGGACAUCUCACUUCCGUAUGCUCUUUUCACAUCCCCUUCGCCUAUUGUAUGGGAUCAAGGACGUGGAUACCAAAACCUAUUUGAUGCAAUGUUGGAUUCGUUAUACUCGGCUCUUGAGAAAGCCGGACAAGGUGGACUUGAAGUUGUGGUAUCAGAAAGCGGAUGGCCUUCAGCUGGUGGGUUCGGGACGUCGGUUGAUAACGCAGCCACUUAUCUAUCGAACUUGAUUAAACAUGUCCAAAAAGGUACCCCAAAGAGGCCAGGAAAAGCUAUAGAGACAUAUUUGUUUGCUUUGUUUGAUGAAAACCAAAAAUCGGGUCCAGAGCUAGAGAGACACUUUGGGUUAUUUUCACCAAACAAGCAGCCAAAAUAUCAGCUCCAUUUUGGUGGGGGAAGGCAUUGGGAUAUUGCUUCUAAGGAAUAUAAUGCAACCUUUCCUCUUCAAUCUGAUAUGUAAAAAUCUGCAAAGCUUGGGGAAUUUGGGGAGUUUUGUCUUUUUAUUGAGUUUUCUUUUUUAUUAUCCUAUGUGUUUUCGUCUUAAAUAAGGGAACUCUCAUGGUGUUAAUUUGAUGUAUUUUUAUCAUCAAAAGAGCUUUCAAAUAUUAUAAUGUUUACAUUAAUUUGAA